GGUAGAAGAAUCAUGGUGAGGCCUCAGUGAAGCCUGACCAAGUGGGUUGUAUUUGACGACAAAGUUCAUCAGAGAACGAGGAGGCUAUAAAAGUGUUUGUAAAGUAAUGUGAGUGCAGAAUGGGAUUUAAGAACAUUGUAGUAGCUGCAUUAAUCACAGCAUGUAUAUUUGCAAUUAUAACAGAUGUUUGUGGUAAACGUGGCCGAGGAAGAAGUAGAUCAAAAAGUAGAGUGCAGAUUGGAUUACCUAUUACAGGAAAAUACAGAGACCCAGAAUCUGAUCAAUACUAUAAUCAUAAUGAUGGGGCAAAAAUAGUCAUGGCAUCACAUUUUGAUUACGAAUAUGUGCUUGGACACAAAAUAGUAUUUGUUUGUGUAGCCAGAGGAAAUCCGAGACCUCAAAUUACUUGGUAUAAAGAUGGUACUGAACUGUAUUAUCAUUACAAUCACCAUGUUCAUGAAUGGAAUAUUGCCGAAGAUAGCAUAAAAUCUAAAUUGGAAAUUGAUCCAGGAACACAAAUGGAUGCUGGUGUGUACGAGUGUUCAGCUGACAAUAAAUACAGUAUAGACCGAAGAAGUUUCAAAACAGAUUUCAGUAUAGCAUUUGAAUCAUAAUGAAAAAUAAUUAUUAAUGAAUGUGCGUCUUACAUAAAAUACAUUUUUCUUGAUUAAGA